CGAUAUUGGAUAUCGGAUAGGUCGUGUCCUUGAGAGUGUUACGGUGGGAAUUUCGUUUGAUAAUCGAGGUCGUCUAUGAUUGUUAGUCCGUGUUGUCGAAUUAUCAGGAGUAGUUGCAUAAGUAGUCCAGGAUUACUCCGUCCUCGCCUGGUCUAUUUGUCUCCAUCACAUAUUAAGAUACUGAGUAAUCAUGCUCGGUUAUUUGUCACAAAAAACAGACAGUCAAACACACCAUAUUCCUCAUUUAUCAUUGAUACAAGAAAAAGUGCUCAGCGUGACUCUGAAGCAUCAAAAGUCCAGACAGACCUCAAUGAUAUUUUGAAGGAUCAGCCGCCUUCAGUACAACUCAGGCUUGUAGAUGCUUAUCGCAAAGGGUUCCAGUCAUCAACUGAGAAAGAAAAAGCAUCUAAGAAAAUCGAAACAGUCGCAACACUCCUUGGCAAAUUCGCUAUUAUUGGAGUAUGUGUAUAUUUUGUCAUUAAGUUGUCGAACAAAGUAUUUGGUGGUGCAUUCCCUAAGAUGCUAGACCCUAGCGUGGCAUCUUUCGCAGAAAAUGCUGAUGUGAACUUUAAUGACGUCCAAGGCUGCGAUGAAGUGAAAAAGGAGCUCCAGGACAUAGUGGAAUUCCUACGCAAUCCAGAAAAGUUCAACCGCAUAGGAGCUAAACUUCCCAAAGGUGUUCUCUUGGUUGGCCCUCCUGGUGUUGGAAAAACAUUGCUCGCUAAGGCUGUUUCUGGUGAAGCACAAGUUCCUUUUUUGUAUGUAUCCGGAAGCAGCUUUGAAGAGGUGUUUGUCGGACUUGGGGCUUCUCGCGUUAGACAACUAUUUGCUGCUGCUAAGCAAAACUCACCUUGUUUAAUAUUUAUUGACGAAAUUGAUUCUGUUGGCAGAAAUAGAACAUCGUCACCUCAUCAUCCGUAUGCAAAUCAAACAAUCAAUCAACUUCUUGCAGAAAUGGAUGGUUUUCAGUCAACGGAAGGCAUUAUCGUUUUGGGUGCAACAAAUCAAGCAGAGGAUUUAGACAAAGCUUUACUGAGACCUGGCCGUUUUGAUGUCCAGAUUUUUGUAUCUCCACCAACCUAUGAAGGCAGACUGGCUCUUCUCAAUCUUUAUUUACGCAAGAUGAAAACCAGUCCAAAUAUCGACGUUGAAAAACUAGCUCAUGGAACUGUUGGCUACACAGGUGCAGAUAUACAAAAUCUAGUCAACCAAGCUGCUAUCGCUGCUGGUUUACACAAUGAUCCUGUUAUUGAAAUGCACCACUUAUGGGAAGCUCGUGAUCGAUUAAUAAUGGGACCUGCUAAACGUCGACCUUUAGAUGAACAGACUAAUCGUGUCUCAGCCUUUCAUGAAGCUGGUCAUGCAUUAGUGGCAUUGUUAACCGCUGAAAGUACACCAUUACACAAAGUGACAAUUAUUCCCCGAGGUGAAGCUGGUGGUCUUACAAGCUUUUUACAAGAGAAAGAUAUGAGUUUUAUGACACGUGCACAACUUUUAGCUCAAUUAGAUGUAUUGAUGGGAGGUCGUGUUGGCGAAGAGCUGGCCUUUGGGACAGAUAAAGUGACGACUGGUGCAGCAAAUGACUUCCAAAAAGCUACCGCUUUAGCUCAAAAUAUGGUCAAGCGUUUUGGUUUUUCAAGUAAAUUAGGCCCAAGAGUUAUACCAGAUACUCGUGAUGGCCAGCUAAGUCAAACAACACGUGAUCUUAUCGAUAAAGAAGUCGAUCAGUUGCUCAACGAAUCAUUGACUCGUGUACGCAACCUACUCUCAAGUCAUAGUAAACAGCAUAAAUUAUUGGCUGAAGCGCUACUCCACUUUGAGACAUUGACAAAAGAUGAAGUUGUCGCUGUGUUGGCUGGUAAAAUGAAACCGCCGAAAAAUUCACCUCAGACAUCACCACCCUCACCACCACCUCCUUCGUCGUCACCAUCGCCGUCUACAAGUCUCCUGCCCCAACCUGAAAUUCAUGUAUAAUUAAUUUCGUCAAAUGUGUACACUCUACUAUAUUGUGCUGUGUUUGAUCGAUUUAUUGAUUGAUUGAUUCAUUGACUUCAUUCUGUUGCCAUAUUACUAUCAUUAAUCCAUAAUUAAAAAUUUUCUUCUCACCUUUUUUGUGCGCGUGUGUGUGUGUCAAAGUCUAAGGUAUUUAUUAUUUCGUUCAUCCUUCUUUCUGUAUCAUUUUUACUAUAUUCUACUUCCGCUUUUCUCCGCACACAUACGCACGCACACACUCCCUUUCUUUUCUCCUGUCUUUUCUUUAAUUUAUCCUACCUUCAGGGAAUAGUGAUUUCCACACUCUGUUUCUCACUUCUUUCCUGUUUUCCUCACCUACAGAAGGAAUAAUAAAUAUAAAGCUUGAGGCGAUUGCUUUUCCUGGAUUGUGUUAUAUUUGUAACUGUGAUGUUGUUCACUUUAUUAUUAGAUAUUGGACGUUUAUUAAAAAAAAUAAUCGAUCGUCAA